GGCUGGCUGAUUUGGUUUGUUUCAAGUUAUGUUGUACGAUUCUGCGCUGCUUGAAGUCUGCGGAUGUUACCACGAAUGUUGGAAAACUUCAGCUUUUAAAGUGGACACGCACUUGAGCAGAAUGUGAGCGCUUCGACCGAGUGGCCAAGGGUGUCGCUUGGUUCCGAAACUGAGCCACUCGUUCGUAGCUCUUGUUGGAGUGUUAUGAUGCGUCGACAGCCAGGGAACGUUCCUGCGAGACACCAGUUAAAGCUCAAGAUGACAGCUAUGUACGUGAUGGCGUGCAUUCUCGUACUAGCUCUCGUUGCGCUCAGCUACCGACAGUUGGGGAGCUCGGCAAAGGCUUCAUCUGUCCCAUCGUUGCCGGUACCAAACGCGGAGUUCAACUCCGGCCACCAUCCGCCUGUUUCUGUUACUGCCAAGCAGCUCCCUUUGUCGAAGACAGCUGAUGAAGGAGGAGCGGACGAGAAAGACAAACUGAUUGCCAUGAUGGAGAAGAAGCUGCGUGACUUGGAAGCCCGCAUCCAAAAACUUGAAAAGAAUGCACCAAAGACGUUCCCUACUGUGCAGCAGCUAGACUACAGAGAGAAGAAGCGAAUCCUGGUUGCUGGUGGUGCUGGAUUUGUGGGGAGCCACCUUGUCGACUAUCUUAUGCAACAGGGCCACCAAGUCACUGUGGUGGAUAAUUUUUUCACUGGCAGCAAACGCAACAUUGAGCACUGGAUUGGCCAUCAUAAUUUUGAGCUCAUUCAUCAUGACAUCGUCAGCCCUUUGUUCAUUGAAGUUGACUACAUCUACAACUUAGCAUCACCCGCAUCUCCCCCCCACUACAUGAUGAAUCCCGUGAAGACAAUCAAGACAAACACAUUGGGCACCAUCAACAUGCUAGGACUGGCAAGACGUGUUGGUGCUCGUCUUUUGAUAACAUCAACUUCAGAGGUCUAUGGGGACCCAGCUGUGCAUCCUCAGAAUGAGGACUACUGGGGCCAUGUCAAUCCUGUGGGGCCUCGAUCGUGCUAUGAUGAGGGCAAGCGAGUUGCCGAAUCCCUCUGCUAUGCUUAUGCCAAACAGGAGAAUGUCGACGUGCGUGUGGCUCGUGUAUUCAACACAUAUGGGCCACGCAUGCACCUCAAUGAUGGCAGGGUGGUCAGCAACUUCAUUCUACAAGCGUUGCAAGAUAAACCAUUGACUAUACAUGGGUCUGGCAAGCAGACCAGAUCGUUUCAAUAUGUCAGCGACCUCAUAGAUGGCUUGGUCGCCCUGAUGCAUGCAAACUACUCAAGACCUAUAAAUCUUGGAAACCCUGAGGAGCAUACCAUCGAGGAAUUUGCUCAGAUUGUAAAGAACCUUGUUGGGGGAUCCAGCAAAAUAGAAUACGUCAGCACCGUCAUUGAUGAUCCUCAGAGGAGAAAACCUGACAUUACACGUGCCAAGAAAUACCUCAACUGGGAACCAAAAGUGCCACUGUUAGAUGGUUUAAGGAAAACUGUGGCUUACUUCAAGGAGGAAUUGACGAAGAAUAGCAAGACCUACAACCCACAACUAAGUCAAAGCCCACAGAGCUAAAGAGGUGCAGCCCCAUGCUCUUGUCACCACGUUCACGUUUGUGUACUGCACUUUUACAAACUUUACAGAAGGCCAGUGCUUCGCAGGGCAAUGAAGAGACUUGACAGGCUUGCCAAAAGUAGUGCUGUUGUGUUAGUCAUACUGAAGUGAGCAGCAUGUAAGUGCCAUUACUAAACAUGUCAUUUCAAGCGUGUUCUUGUAACUUGAGUUCCUUUUACAGUGAGCAAGCUGCGUUUAAUGUGUGCAGAUGCACAGUGUCUUUGAUGUGUAUGUACAGGGGUUUAUUGUUGGUCUGCCACUCUUGUAAAUACCUUCGCCUUUUGUGUAAUGCCUUCUUAGGUCUAGGUGAAUCCUGUAAAUCGGUUUGAGAACCAGGCAGCGUAAAAGUGACGUUUGUGUGAGGUGCAUUAUAUUUCAUUGCAUUUAUUUUCACAGGCUUAGCCUAUCAACAUGUGCUGCAUCCUCAGAAGUCAUCAAUCAGAAAUAUGGUUCUUGAAAUCUUACUGAGGGAAAUUACCAAAUAACUUAAUUUUGAUUGAGCACGAAGAAGGAUAAGAUCCGCGUGUUUGAUGGGGCAUUCAUUUAAGUGGAGCCCCCUGUGGCAGUGCCAGCACUUAUGCCAUAUCAAGCACAUUUUGGCGCUUCUGUGUUACCAGGCUGCUGAACACUUUCCUCUGUGGAUAUGCUUAGUAGGUUUUAGAAACAAAGUUCACAUCAUUGUGUACGUUAACUGAAAUCCAUAAGUAAACUGUGCAUUUUACUUUUUCUUUCGACAUGGUUGAGUGUCCUGGUUAGGUAUCACAAUUUUCAGGUUAUUUACGAGUCCACUUAAGAUGUGCAGGAUUUUUUUUAGUUGUUAUCAGUGCUUGGUACUAGUAUAGUGCCCUCAUUUCUUCACUUUGUUCCAAAAGAAUUCUUUUCAAGCGAUAAAUUGCAAUGUCGGUUAUCUUUGAAUUCUAGUGCUGAUGUGCAAGAAAGUAUGGCUGUCCGUUGGCAAAGUUUGUCAUUGGUAAGCAGCAGUUUGCAGCAAUAAGCUUACUGUUCACCGUUCUAUUACUACUGUUUUCAAAAGAUUCUUCACUGGGGCAGCAGAUAGUGGGGUUCAGAUGUUCAUGAAGCUUCGUGGCCCACUGCUGUUUCCGACAAGUGUUGGGAAGCAUUGACACGCUUUCAGUUCCCUUUUAUGGUGAAUAACAUAAAGAAGUGAAUAGGCAACCUUACAGAAGUGAGUGUGCAUUUGGUACUUUAGGUUAGCUGGUAUUCUGCUGCUAUGAUUUUCUGUGACACUGAAGGAAAAGCUAAAGUGGCAGUGCUUCUACUCAAGGGCUUGCUUCUCUGUCAAAUAGUCCUGCAUAGAUUUACAAUGCCUUUGGUUUCUUUGAUCAGAUACUGAAUCGGUGUAGUUUCCACAUGUGACAGUUUCACAUUUGCCAGAAUGCUAAGGGAGAAUGUAGAAAAGUAGGUCAAGUUCACCACUCACCGUUGCAUUUCGCUUCAUUUGACUGUUGUGUGCAAGAUGCAUCUGUAUUCUCUUCCCGAGCUUAAGCUAACCAGAUGAAGAUUGGGAACAUUUUUCAGAAGUGCUUUCUUUGUGCACACUAUGCCUCAUAGCGUUUCUUUCGUUGUCCACGAGUAUAAAUAUAUACAUAGAUGAUGUCCCCAAUGUACUUCGACAUUGAAAACUAAAAAGGCCAAAAGCUUUGCAGACUGCUGCAGCUGUGACAUGUUGAGCAGUCCUCCUCCUUUGCCUUUCACAUUCUGACAUCUUUUUGUGAUCUCUUGUCUAAUGACACAAUUAUGUUACCCGAGAACAUAGCAUUUUCCUACAUCACCACAUGUAAAAGCUUAAAAAGUGCAAGAUGCCAAAAUUAUUGCCUUAUGAAAUUUUUAGCUGAAGAACAGGAUAGCCGCUCAUAUUCAAGCAUUUCUAAUGUUCCUUAAAUUUUCUGAAGCACUGCAAAAAAUUUCAAGUUCACUUGAAGCACUGUUAACAGUGCUUCAAGUGAACUUGAUUAAAAUUCAAUGAAACUUCUUGCUGUAGAGCAGUGCUUUUGCAGUGAGUAAUCUAGGUAUGUGCUAUUUAUGCAUGCUUAGUCUCUUUUCCAUGAGGUGUUGGUUACAUCUGUACAAGACUUUCCAUUGAAAACGUUUACUUUCAAAUUUUCUAUGUUUGUUUUACCUAUUGGGAAAAUUCAUGGUGCUUUACCUAUCUCUCUUCCUUUUAAUUGUGAUUCAUGUGUGUAAUUUAUAUGGUUAAAGGCUAUAGUUAUUUCUACUGUGAAUACCAAAUCUUCGUAUAGAAAGGACCUGGCACUUUCUUUCCUGUUGUUGUGAGACUCCUUGAUUUUUAUUAUGCUUUUCGAAUUGUGAAAGAUAUCUAGCUGGAUGGAUGACUGUGCUUGCAUUUGGAGCACUCAUUGCAUAUUAUAAAGCUGUGCUAUCUUUGGAUGUCUGCUGACUACAAAAAAAAAACAUUGUCUUGGCAUUUCGUUCUUAUUUCUUUGAUACACUGUGAUGAACAGUGAUGACGUGACCACAUUAUCAAGUUUCCUGUGUUCACUAUGCUCGCUUUGCAAGUUUAGCACUGAACUCAGUGUUGAGGUAUUUGCACAAUUUGGUUUAAAGCUGUGAUUAUGGCGCAUGUUGUAAAGGUUUGGGUAAAGCUAUAGGCAAGUGGCUUUUGUACUGAUUGAUUGUCGAGCACAAGUUCCUUCCACAUGAAACCUGCAGCAUGUUAUAAGCGAAGUAGUUUGCAGAUGUGGGUUCAAGCAGAGCUGGAUGCAUGUGUAAGUUUUCGUAUUAAGCUUUCGCUUCCAUUAUUUUUCAUUUAUAUGACUUUCUUGUAUAUCAUUAACUGGCACUGAGUGGUGAAAAUUCAAGGUGACAGCACUAAGUUAUGCUCCACAACAUAAAUUUAUGAAUGCAGAAAUACUUGCUUUCACUUGAAAAUAGCAAGUCAUAAUUGUACAUUAUGCUAUUAUUUAUGGUUUUUAUGUGGUGUUUACAUAAACAUGCCAACAUUGAAAUGCCGAAAUAUGUUGCAAAAGUGUGUAAGUGCACGUGUGUGGUUCGAUUACUUGUACUCUAUGUGUUGACAAGGUUUUGCAAGUGCUGCACAAUCAGCAAUGAGCUUUUAAGCCGCUGAUCACUCGCUGCACUUUGCAUGUAUUUUAGUGUAAUUGACACACCUCGGAACAAGUUUUUCUGCAUUUUUCUUCCACUGGUAAGAUAUAAAGCUGUCUGAAUUAAACGGUGUGUCUAGUAAGCUCUCGUGAAUGAUUUAAACUGUUUAUUUUUACUUUCACUGUUAAAAUAUUUGCACUAGUGAAAAAUGCACUGCAAGCUAACUUACUCAUGACACUUAAUAAGCAUGGUUGUAUGUGAAUGUGCAGAGUAGGCUGCUAAUGCUGCCAUGUUUAUUUUUCUUUUAAUACUGCUGUGAUAUGUAUCGAGCAAAAGACUGUAGAGGUGUUUUUUAGACUAUGCAGAUUUUAUUAAAAGAGGUUGUGAGCAU